AUGACUAUCCAAAAAAUGGAAGAAGAAAUCAUUUUUAGGUCUAAGCUUCCUGAUAUCCACAUUCCCAAAAACCUUCCUCUUCAUUCCUAUUGCUUUGAAAAUCUACCAAAAUAUGGAUCACAUCCAUGUCUCAUCAAUGCGCCAACCGGCGAAAUCUACACAUACAACGACGUCGAGCUAUCCGCCCGACGUGUUGCCUCGGGUUUCAAAAAACUCGGGAUCAAACAAGGCGAUAUCAUCAUGGUUCUUCUUCCGAAUUGUCCCGAAUUCGUGUUCGCCUUUCUAGGCGCUUCUUUUCGCGGCGCUAUAAUGACCGCCGCAAAUCCUUUCUUUACAGCUGCGGAGAUUGCUAAACAAGCAAAAGCUUCUAAUACUAAGUUGAUUGUUACACAAGGUUGUUACUAUGAGAAAGUUAAGGAUUUGGAAAAUGUGAAGCUUGUUUUUGUCGAUUUUAUACCAGAAGGAGAAAAUCAUAUGCAUUUCAGUGAAUUGCUUCAGCCUCAUGACAGAGAAAUUGAUGAGGUAAAAGUGGAGAUCAAUCCUGAUGAUGUGGUUGCUUUGCCAUAUUCUUCUGGAACAACAGGGUUACCUAAAGGUGUUAUGCUAACACACAAAGGAUUAGUAACAAGCAUAGCACAACAAGUUGAUGGUGAAAAUCCAAAUCUAUAUUACCACAGUGAAGAUGUGAUACUUUGUGUUCUUCCAAUGUUUCAUAUCUACUCACUCAACUCCGUUUUGCUUUGUGGUUUGAGAGCCAAAGCUUCCAUUCUGUUAAUGCCAAAGUUUGAUAUUCAUGCAUUUUUGGAACUUGUCCAUAAAUACAGAGUUACCAUUGCUCCUGUUGUGCCUCCCAUUGUUUUGGCUAUUUCUAAGUCACCUGAACUUGAUAGCUAUGACCUUUCAUCCAUUAGGGUUUUGAAAUCUGGUGGGGCCCCUCUUGGUAAAGAACUUGAGGACUCUGUUAGGGCCAAAUUUCCUAAAGCCAAACUUGGACAGGGAUAUGGGAUGACGGAGGCAGGUCCGGUGUUAACAAUGUGUUUAUCAUUUGCGAAAGAACCAAUAGAUGUAAAACCAGGUGCAUGCGGAACCGUUGUUAGAAAUGCUGAGAUGAAAAUUGUUGAUCCUGAAAAUGAUUCUUCUUUGCCUCGUAAUCAACCUGGUGAAAUUUGUAUUAGAGGCGACCAAAUCAUGAAAGGUUAUCUAAAUGAUCCAGAGGCAACAUUGAGAACAAUAGACAAAGAAGGUUGGCUGCAUACUGGUGACAUUGGAUACAUUGAUGAUGAUGAUGAAUUGUUCAUCGUUGAUAGGCUUAAAGAAUUGAUUAAAUACAAAGGUUUUCAAGUUGCUCCAGCUGAACUUGAAGCAAUUAUUCUCUCUCAUCCUCAAAUUUCCGAUGUUGCUGUCGUACCAAUGCAAGACGAGGCUGCUGGUGAAGUUCCGGUUGCAUUUGUGGUUCGAUCGAACGGUGACAUCAAUACAAGUGAGGAUGAAAUUAAGAAGUUCGUAGCUAAACAGGUUGUGUUUUACAAAAGAAUUAAUCGAGUAUUCUUCAUUGAUGUUAUUCCCAAGUCACCUUCCGGCAAAAUACUACGAAAGGAUCUAAGGGCUAAGCUUGCAGCAGGGUUUCCAAAUUGA